AUGACAACUAUCUCGCGCGAUUCCGACCUGCCGUUCGAUCCGGACAACGCGCGGGCUGCCUUCCAUCGUAGGAGCGUGUCGCUCGCGACAGCAACCUCGCAUUUGCGGGAUGCGAACCAAGCUUGGGCGUCGCCCACCCUGUUCGUUCCCCCACCGCACUCGCCGCUGUCACAACUCCCGCCUUUGCUAGAAAUCUGCGGCAACGACGGAGCCGCGGUGGAUGGCGCUGGCGCAACACGGCGGAAAGAUGCGGCGGGGGAGCAAACGGCCGUAGACGCGGCAAUGCCAGAAGCUGUCGGCGACAGGACCAACGGAUACCUUCGGGGCGACGAGGCGUCCCGGCGGCCGCUUGGCCGAACCCGCUCUCAGGCCAUCGGGCCGACUCACCAAGCGACGCGAGCGACUCUCCUGGCGUCGCCUUCGCAGCGCUACGAUUCGUCCUCAUUCUCGGGAAGCUUGAAGGAGAGGACGAGCGAACACGCGGCGCGCAUUAGGAACAUGAUGCAGAAAGAACGACUCGAUUUCUUGGAACCACCGUCGAACGCGCAGCCCGCGACUGUAAAGGUCGACCCCGAUGACCCGCGCGCGCUUGCGGAAGGACUGCCCUUGAACUCUCCGCAGCUGCCGCAGCAGCAAAAUGCUAACGGCGAAACAGCGCAAGCGACGGUUUCGCCGGGGGGACACCGGCGGGGAGGUAGUAACCAGUUGGGGGGGCUGCAGGCACAUCUGCCGCACCUCCUGGCCGCGACCACGCUGAGUCGACGUGGCAGCAUCACCAGCAGCCACGCAAGAGACAGCAGCUACGGCAGCGGGAUCAGCUUCAGCGGCAGUAGCGGAAGCAGCGCUAGUGGCGUGAGCGGCGCUAGUGGCAUCAGCGGUAGGACCAGCAACGCAGGGGUACCAGCGUUUUCCCCGAACGCGGUAGCAGUCGGAUCAGUCACCGUCGCCCCCGCCUCUUUUAGUCCGCAAUUCGCCAACCCUUUCUCUACCGAUGGCCAAACCCCCUCUCUAGGCUCGGUGGCUCCGGUUAGGGUAGCGCCAGUCGAACUUGAGUUACCGGGUUCACCGGCAUCUUCGGCGUCGCCAGCGUGGUCGCCUUCGCCAAUAUCGCCACCAGAAGGCGGGUUCAUUCCAACCAUUCGCAGGGCAAUCUCUCUCGCCGUGCAGCGCGCCAAGCCGCAACAGCAGCUGCAGCAGCAGCUACUGGUACAAGCGCAUCCCGUGCUUGCGAUACCGACUCGAAAUGGGACAGCUGCUGCCCUCGCUGCUGACCCACCCACGGUUGAAUUCUCGCCCUCGUCUUGUCCCGUCGCUCUCGGCCAUGCGUCAGCGCAACCAAAGACCGCAGCCGCGCUUUGUCCCAAAUGCGGCCAUACCAUGGCCCCCGCGGCUUCUUCCCCCGACGAAGGGCGGGAAUCCGCGCAGGGGCGGAAGGGCCGGCGGCGCGUGCCGGCUGCGGCGGUGGAAGCGGCGGCGGCGGCGGCAAAGGCCGCGCAAGCCGCCGCGAUGGCCGCAGAGGCGGCUGCUGCCGCCGCGAAAGAGGCCGCCAGCGCCGCCGCCGCUGCCGCCGCGGCGAUUGCGGAGGAGAUGGACAGUGACUGUUGGGAGAGUGACUGUAUGGGGGAAGAAGCGGGGAAGGGCGGCACUGGAGGAGUCGGGUGCGACACGGUGGCGUGCGUCCAGGCGGCAGUGGGUUCUGGCGCGAGAGGCGGGGAGGAUAAGCGCGCCGAAUCGGUAGCUUGCAGGGAAGGCGGGGCGAUGGGUGCGGAGGGAGGGGGAAAAGCGGCGGAAGAGGGCGCAGAGACAGCGAGUGCGGAAGCAGAGGAUGGAGCGGGGCAAGGCGUAAGAGGGGACAGUGAGGCUGCAACGGCGGGGCAGGGGGAGAUGGGUACUGGUGAGACGGAAACGAGGGCAGGGGAAGAAACAGGCGCGGCGGCGGCGGGACGAGGGCAGAAGGCGCAAGGCAAGUACAAGCGACUGUCGCCCCGGCCUGUGAUUGUAGAGAGAAGAGGAUUUUCAGAUGCGCGCGCUAUACAGCCACCCCCUAGUGCAGCCGCCACCAUGGGCAACGAGGAAGGGGGGCCGGAGAGCGGCCGUGCGCGCGGCGGAAUGGGCCAACAGUCGCCCCGGGGGCGAAAGGGGAGGGAGAGGGGGAUUGAUGGAGCGGAGGAGAGCAGGGUAACAUGGGUGGGGCCUGGGGCGAUGAACGGUGAAGAUGCAACGGAUAGCAGCGAAGGUGCGGACGAGAUGGCGGCUGGGGAUACGGGGGGUCACGAGGGAUGGGAGCAGACGGAGCAGAAGGGGCAGGGGGAGCAGCGAGCGCCGUUCCCCUCGCCCCCUCCCCACGCUGAACCGCGACUGCGCGCUGCACCCCCAGCUGCCAGGCCCCUCGACGCGUCUUCUCCGCGCGCCCACUCGCCCCGGCGCCUGUCGCCCUCAGCGCGAUCGCCCCGUGCCACGUCGUCUCCAAAGGCCGUGUCGCCUCGAGCAGGCGCAGGCACCCGCGCAGACACCCGCGCAGACACCCGCGCAGACACCCGCGCAGACACCCGCGCAGGCACCCGCGCAGACACCCGCGCUGGCGGGCAGUCGGGGACAGGCAGCAGUGGCAGCGAGGGCGAGGAGUACCACACCCCCCACAGCACCCCUCCCCCGCCCAGCGACAGCCUUCCCUCCGCGCUGCACCACGCGCAGCAGCUGGCGGGGCUCCCCUUGAGCCCGUCGCUCGAGGCGUACCUUGUUGACGCGCGCGCCGACCACGCCGCGGACGGCUCCUGCGCGGAGCCUCCGGAGGCGCACGACACGGGGGAGAGAAGCGUGGAGUGCGGCGAGCAAUACGGCGCGGAGGGCGGGGAGGACAUCCCCCUGAUUGACGACGGCCCCGUCGCCGCCCCGAGCCGCCCCCCGAAGUCGCCCAGGCCGGAGCGCGCGCUCUCCCCCCUCGCUGCGCGGGGCGCGCGGCAGCCACGCGCGCGCCAGGCGCCUGCUCGCUCGCCGCGGUCGCCCAGGACGAGAGCGGUGAAGGACGGUGCGUGGCGGUGCAAGUCCAUGCAGGAGGGCUCCUCCAACCCCCCCAGCGCCGCCAGCGCCAGCCGCGCGGGCGGGUCUAGCGCCGCUGCUGCCUCCACCGCGCGCCCUGCCGCGCGCACGCGGUCCUUCCGCGAACAGUCGCCCCGCGGGACGCUGAGGAGCGCAGGCGGAGGGGGGAGGGUGCUGCGCAAGGCUGGGUCAGAGCCAGAGGAGCGGGGGGGGCUGGGGGAGGGGGGUGGGGGAAGCAGAGCAGGAAGGGGCGCGCGGGGCGGGCAGGUAUGGUCGCAGGCGCGGCCCAGGUCGCCUAGGGAGGCGCCGCGGUCGCCCAGGGCGCGCUCCAAGUCGCCCACCGACGGGCUCAGGUCGCCCAGCGAGGGGCUGCGCUCCCCCCGCGCUGCAGGCAGGUCCCCGCGCCCCCUGCCUUCCCCCAACGCCGGGCUGCCUGGGAGGGACGUGGGCGCGGGGGAGAGGGGCGCGGGGGGGAGGAGCAGGCAGGCGCGGAAGGUGAGCAGCUGGAGUGGCCCGGGAAGGGCGGAGGGCGGGGGAGGGGGGGAGGUCGACGCGGAGGAGGCAGGGCGACGCACAGGAGCAGAGAGCAGAGCAGGGGGAGGGGGAGCGGGGCGGGGAGUGGGGCAGGGCGGGUUGGGGCAGGGGGGAUCAGCGUCGUUCUCAGCAGGGGGGGCGCGGGUGGCGGAGUUUAUCCUUGGGCGCGCAUACAGGGACGUGGGGGAGGCGUACGAGGUGGGGGGGGAGCAGCUGGGCGUGGGGCAGUUUGGGGUGAUCCGCGCGUGUGUGAGCCGCAGCACGGGGCAGGUGAUGGCGUGCAAGGCCAUCAGCAAGGAGCGCAUUCUGGUGAGCCCUGCGUGGGGGCUGUUGGGCUGUUCAUGUGCAUGCACGCGCGACCACGUAACCGUCCCCCCUCAUCCAUCCCCACCUCAUCCCACCCACCAGGCGCAGGAGGACGCGGAGGACGUGGCGAAGGAGGUGCGCGUGAUGCAGCAGCUGCGCGGCCAUCCGCACAUUGUCAAGAUCCACCGCGCCCUCGAGGACUCCCAGAGCGUGCACAUAAUCAUGGAGAUCUGUCGGGGCGGCGAUCUCUUUGACCGAGUCAAGGCGGGCGGCAGGCUGAGCGAGCGCAGUGCGGCGGCCAUCACGGGGCGGCUGGUGGAGGCGCUGCUGUGGUGCCACGAGAAGGGCGUGGUGCACCGCGAUGUGAAGCUCGAGAACAUUCUGCUCAAGCAGCGCGGCCACGACACCGACAUCCGCCUCACUGACUUCGGCAUGGCCGCUGAGGUCCACCCAGGCGAGGUGCUGACGGAGCUGAUAGGCACGCCAUACUACAUGGCACCGGAGGUGCUGGCAGGCUCAUACGGGCCCGAGGCGGACAUGUGGAGUGCGGGCGUGGUGCUCUACAUCCUGCUGUGCGGCCUGCCGCCCUUCUACGCCGCCUCCAACGAGGGCAUAUUCGACGCCAUCCGCAGCAAGGACGUGCAGUUCAAGGCGCCCAAGUGGCAGGGUGUGAGCAGCGCUGCCAAGCAGCUCAUCAGCAGCAUGCUGGAGAAGAACCCGCGCGAGCGCAUCACGGGAGAAGAGGUCCUUGAGCAUCCUUGGAUCAAGGCAUAUGCGUUUGAUGACUAA